GCGAUAAAAAUUACAUGCCUCUUCAUCCUACUCUUUUUCAGAUUGCAAUUUGUGCAAAGCUACGGAAAAAUUUUUUCUUAAAACACGUUCUAGCUGUUAAAAAUUGGCAAACAAAACUCUCCACAUCGAGUCGUAUUAGAUCCCUUGAAAAGUUAGGAAAAAUGGAUAAUGAAUUUAAUGUGAUUACAGAAGGAAAAGCCAGCAUUCUUUUCCCGAAAGAUAACAAAGUAUUCUACAAUAAUGUUCAACAAUUUAAUCGUGAUAUAUCUAUCGCAGCUAUUAAAAUCUGGAGUGAGAUCAUCUCAGAGGAAAAACAGAAAAAGGCGCAGCAAAAGAAGGAAUCAGAUAUAAAAACUCAAUGUAAUAGGUACACUUUAAUUUCGACAUUUCUUUCAAAUCUCUCCGUAAUAACUGUUUCAAUAGUCCAUUUACUAAACACCUACCGUUAUAUAAGACAGCCAUCAAAGACAUAUACUUUCACUAUUUUAGAAGCAUUGGCAGCUAGUGGAUUACGGUCAAUUCGUUAUGCAAAGGAAAUCCCAAAUGUUAAAUACAUAGUUGCUAACGAUUUAGAUCUUGACGCCGUGAAUUUGAUUAAUAAAAAUGUGGAGUAUAAUGAAUUAAGCAAAGACUUUGUUAGAGCGAAUCAGGGCGAUGCUUGCUCUGUAUUGUAUCAACAUCGAAGUUUUCCUGAUCGAUUUGAUGUUAUUGAUCUUGAUCCAUAUGGAACAGCAGCACCAUUCAUAGAUGGUGCUGUGCAAGCUGUAGAGGAAGGAGGCCUUCUUUGUAUUACUUGUACCGAUUUGGCCAACCUUACUGGUUCAAAUUACCCUGAAAAAUGUUAUGCAAAUUACGGUUCAAUCCCUGUAAAGGGAGAAUUCUGUCACGAAAUGGCACUCCGCAUUCUCCUUCACACACUUUCAACAUCUGCUGCUAAAUAUCGUCGCCGUAUCAUCCCAUUGUUAAGUUGCAGCAUUGACUUUUAUAUUCGUAUUUUCAUUCGAGUUGUCACAUCACCUGUUGAACCACUUGCAAAAUUAACAGGAAAAAAUACAUAUGUACCGAUGGCAGGGCCAAUUGUGAAUAAUAGUUGUGAACAUUGUGAAAAUAAGUUCCAUGUAGGUGGUCCGAUAUGGACGCAUUCUAUUCAUGAUAAACAAUUUGUUCAUAGAAUGUUAGAGCAUGUCAAAGAGUCAAGCAAAGAUACAUAUCAAACACAUUCAAGAAUGUUGGGAAUGUUGUCUGUUAUCAUGGAGGAAUUAGAUAUUCCUCUUUUUCACAGUCUUUCCGCUCUUGCCGGUACACUUCAUUGCACAAGCCCACCGUUAAAAACGUUUUGUUCUGCCAUCUUGAACGAAGGUUACAAGGUUUCGGUAUCGCAUGCAAUGCCAGGAUCAGUGAAAACAGAUGCACCUAUGAGCGUAAUCUGGGACAUAUUUCGGUCAUGG